UGGUUUGGGAUGGGGGUGGGGAGGAAGGAAGGCAAAGGCUGUCUAAGAAACUUGGCUCAGCAUCCAGAGACUAUAUUUCCUCCCAAUUCUCUGGCUGCCAAUCCAAACUGUUCUGCAGAGAGUCGGUGUAUAGACUGGAGAAAGAGGCUGCUUAUUUCUCUUCAUGUGCUGGACCAGGAGACUCCUCCAGACCGAGACUCUGAAACUAUGCCUUGCAUUUGGCCUCUACUUUUUAUUUUCAUGCUGGAUGGACAAGGAUUGGUUGCUGCUGAUCCUGUCAGUGAUCUUCAAGGAAGCUCAGAGCAAAACGACUGGUGUGAUGACCACAACAAAAUUCAUAGGCGCUUAGAUACUAUCCAAGAGCAGGUGGAAAAAACUGUUGAUCAUCUGGACUCGGAAGUCAAGUCAUUACUCAACACUGUAAGUGAAUCAGCAUGGAGUAUUCCUCUUGCUCCUGGAACUCCCCUGAUGGAUAUCUUUGAAGAUACCAGCUGAGCUUCAAGAUGGACAAAAAGGCACAGACUGUGUUAUAUAUCACCACCUGCAUAAUCAAUUCAUAUUGCACUGUUUUGUAAGCUUUUAAACCAAACUGUUGUCUUUAGACUUGGGAUGGACAGUGCUUCAUAGCAAGUUCUUGUAUUAAGAUUCAAUUGUAUCAACUCAAAAGUACAAAAAUGUAAGUUCAUUCCCAUGCUAACUUCUCAAGCAUGUGGCUGUCAUUACGAUUUAAAGACACCUAAAAUUGUUCAAAAGAAAUUUCAUUGCAAAAGCCCCACCAGAGAAGUAAAUGUCCCAGAACCCCCAACAGUCUUUGAAAGAGGCAGUAAAAAAGAAGUUACAGGAACUACUGUUUGGAGUACUUUUUCACAGAGUACUCUCCAAAACAGGGUUGGCAUCUGAUCAGUCAAGCACAUACACAAAAUACAUUGCUAAUAGACUGGCCAAAUAUUGAUCAUAUAAAAGCCAUUAAUUUAAAGCAUAGGCAUUUAAAACAAUAGCAGUUCUGCUAGUUACAAAAAACUGUUCUCUAGACAAUGCCAGUACCUUCCCAGCAGAUUCACACAGCCCAUUUCCAGAUCAUGUGGAGGAGGCCCCUUCUUCCCACAGCCAAUGUCAUAAUGUAUGUAGUGUGGUAGCCUGGACUUUAAAGCCAUUGUGACCUGGGCCAGUGUAAUGUUGUGUAUGUUUUGUCUUUAGGCUUCUUCCCAAAUGGCACGUAGUCCAUGUGCCCUGGGCUCCUACUGGAAGAGUGGGAUAUAAAUAUAAUAAAUACAUAAAUUUGACUUAACUGGGAAGGGAAAGAGCAAAUUUCUGGAGGUGAUGUCUUCUCAUAAAUGAGGGGUAAAAAUGUGGCCCCUGACAUUUGUAAGUGGGGGAUGAAGUUAUCCUGAGCAUGGCUAAUCCACAAUACAUUAGCAAGUGGGUCCAUGUUUAUUUACCUUGCUGGAUUGCGAUUGUCUUGAAACAAGAAACAGUACUAUUUUAGCAUUGUUAAAGUAUAACUAACCUGCAGCAUGAGAGCCAGUGUGGUGUAGUGGUUUGAGUGGUGGAGUAUGACCUGGGAGAUCAGGGUUUGAAUCCCCACACAGCCAUGAAGCUCACUGGGUGACCUUGGGCCAGUCACUGCCUCUCAGCCUCAGAGGAAGGCAAUGGUAAACCACCUCCGAAUACCGUUUACCAUGAAAACCCUAUUCGUAGGGUCACCAUAAGUCGGAAUCAAUUUGAAGGUAGUUCAUUUCAUUUCAACCUGCAGCACUGGUGCCACAAGUAGCAUAAGCAACAGAUGUUUGUGAUGCUCCUAGAGAAUAAGUGCAGGGAAGCACAUGGGCCUGGCUACAGCAUAAUCAGACCUACACCCUUGCUUGCCUCUUGCCUUGCUUGUGAGCUUCCCAGAGGCAUCCAGUGCUGGCCACUAUUGGAAACACAAUGUAUCUUUGGUCUGAUCCAGCAAGGUUGUUCUAGGAGAAAGGGCGGGAUAUAAAAUAAAUAAAUGUGGUGGCUCAAACAAUGCCUUGCCAAGCACAUGAAGUUCCAUGGAAGCAUAUACUGAGGGACACUCUUUCAGGCCCUGGACUUGACUUGUGGCACACUUGCCAAAAAGAAAAAAAGUUGGUUACCACUAGCUUGAAAAUGUUUACUGCUGGAAAAGGAUACCAGGCUCAGUGGCCCAGUGAUGGGUGCAUUUAGAAUGUUCUGCUCCCUUGUACUUGUAUGAAGUGACAGAUCAAGAAGCCAGAGAGAAAUGUCAUGUUUUAUUAUCACUAUUGUACAAGUUAGAACCCCUCAGCAAUGUUUGUUCAAGAAACUGCCUAAACCAGAAAACCUGUCAACACAGCGAUUACCUCACGAGUCUGAUUGGACUGAGGCAAGGCCCAUUCCCUGAAGGAGAUCUAUAUGGUUCAAGCUGAAUAUCUCAAUGGAGGCGGCUCAGUAUGUUUAAAUGGUGCUGUCAAAAUGCAUGGCAAAAAUAAGGACACAGCUCCAGGAGGCUUGGAUGAUAGCUUUGGUUUAUUUGUACAAAUUUUUCAAGAAGUUAGAUAUUUGAUUUUAAGGCACAACUCUAAGAAAUCAAAAAGGAAAGCUUUGGUAUGCACUCAUAGGGAAGGCAUUUUGAGUUCCUCAAAAGACAUCUGGCAUGAUCGAGCCAAAACUGCAUCCAUCUAAGAAGCAGGGAAGUGAAUGGGGCAAGUUAAGCAUGUGCUGAACAUUAAAAUCAAUAGGGACUUCUUUACAUGUCUUUCUGCAAAAGAGAAGCAUGAUCCACCCAACUGUAAAAUGUGGAACCUCCAUGAACUUCUGUGCUCCUGUUCAUGUCCCAAUAAAAUGAAUAAUGCUUUUAAA